AGACAGUCGCCGGAGGGUGGAGUCAAACCUGGGUCCUUGGUGCUGUGAGGCAGCAGCGCUAAUCACUGAGCUACCCCUUCUUAGUUUUAUUCUACAAAUGACAAAUCCAUUUCCCCGAUCUAUUACUUGUAAGGGUUAAAAAAUAUAUAUUUAAUUUGAUGUCGUUCUCUUUUAAACUAAAACAAAACCUGUGUCUUUUGUAGGUCUGGCAGUGUAGAUACAAUGUUGAUUGGGGAAUAGCCCCUUAGCUGUGCCAGUGAGUCAGGGAUGGUUCUUGCUGGUUCAGGAUGCACCAGCAGGGGACAGGAGAUGUCCAGGUUUCUACAGCUUCGGGUCGGUACACAGCUCUGAUUUCCAUCGCCCCCCUGCUCUCAAUCGCUUUCGCUGGCAGUUAGUAGCGAAGGCUCUUUGUGUUAGUUCUCGGUCUGUUCUGUCCAUGGCUUGCUCGGUGCAGGAACACAGUGUGUCCCUGGUUUUUGUUAACGAGGAUCAGCAAGGAGGCUUCCAGUUCACCCACUCCCCGGAGAGUCAGCGGCCCCUUAAACUCGAAGUGAAAGUGCAAGAGGAAGAAGCGUCUUUGCGUUUGAUUGACCGAAAUGGAGUUUGUGUGUUCAAAUGCUCCAUGAACCGUGAGACAGAAAGCUGCCGGGUGGGGAAACAGGCCUUUCUCAUCACUGUGGGAUACAGCAGUGUGCUGCUUCAGUUUCAAUCAAUAAACGAGUUCUUUACCUUUUACAAUUCCUUAAAAGUGUUUAAAAACUCCAAGAAAGUGUGUUCAGCAUUUAGCCAACGAACAGAAGAUGCAUCUGCAGUACAGUAUUUCCAGUUUUAUGGUUGUUUAUCGCAACAACAGAGCAUGAUGCAAGACUAUAUAAAGACAGCCACCUACCAAAGGGCAAUGCUGCAGAAUCAUGAUGAUUUUAAUGGUAAGGUUGUCCUUGAUGUGGGUUGUGGGUCAGGAAUCCUUUCGUUCUUCGCAGUUCAAGCAGGAGCUAGGAAAGUCUACGCUGUGGAGGCCAGCUCAAUGUCAAAAUAUGCAGAGAUUCUAGUGAGAAGUAACAAUCUUUCAGAACGGGUAAUGAUCCUGGAAGGGAAAAUUGAGGAAAUUGCCAUUCCUGAGCAAGUGGACAUCAUUAUUUCAGAACCCAUGGGAUAUUUGUUAUUUAAUGAAAGGAUGCUCGAAAGUUACCUCCAUGCAAAGAAGUGGCUGAAACCAAAUGGGAUGAUGUUUCCUACUUUUGGUGAUGUUCAUCUUGCUCCGUUUUCUGAUGAGCAGCUUUACAUGGAACACUACACAAGGGCAAAUUUCUGGUACCAGCAGUGUUUCCAUGGGAUUAAUCUGACUGGCCUUUGCAAUGCAGCUAUGGAAGAGUACUUCAGUCAGCCGAUUGUAGAUACCUUUGAUGUUGUCAUUUUGAUGGCACGGUCUGUCAAGUACACGGUAAAUUUUCUACAGUCCGAUGAGGAUGAUUUGCAUCGAAUGGAGAUCCCCUUUGUCUUCCACAUUCUUCAGUCUGGACCAGUCCAUGGCUUAGCAUUUUGGUUUGAUGUGGCAUUUGUGGGUACACAAAAAACAGUCUGGUUAUCGACAUCUCCUGCUGAACCGCUGACCCACUGGUACCAAGUGCGAUGCCUCCUACAGACACCACUGAUUGCCAAAGAAGGUGAAACAUUUUCAGGGAAGGUCUUACUUGUGGCUAAUAAACGACAAAGCUAUGAUAUUCACAUUAUGGGAAUGAUGGACCAAACUGGCUUCAAAUCUGGAAACCUCCUAGACUUAAAGAAUCCUUUCUUCAGUUUUUAUGAAUGAAUCCUUGUGAAAAAUUACCCUCUCAACUGACACCAGCUUAUCUACCGAUACGAUACUCAGGUGACCCAUAGGAACAGGACUGCAAUGCAACAACGAGAUACAGAUGUUUUAGUGACGCCUCCCAGUUGCAUUAACCCCUUUUCUAGAACAUUUUAUCAAUUUUAUCACUUGUGCAAAAUAUCAAAUUAUGUCUGAAAUCUUCAAUCAAAAGUAGCCAACCAAAACAUCAAUCAACAACUGAGAAGUACAGAAAUAAUGUGAGAAUCAUGUAGAUAUUUACAAUGUUAGCCAUGUUCAUGUGUCUGUGCACACAGCCAGUGGCUGCUAUCUGUAGAAGGUCAGAUCUGAUCAAAGAUACUAUGUAAAUAGGGCAGUCUUAACAAGCUGAACAGUAAUGUAACAUUUUUAUUUCAACUUUCAUAAUAAUAGAUAAAUUAUAAUGAGAAACUGCUUUAGAGCAAAAUUCAUUAUAAUAAAAUAUUUAAUAGGUAUGGCUUAUUUAUAUCUUGGCACUCUAUGUAAUAUUUUGGACAUAUGUAGCUAUAUUACAGUGGAAAAUAUGUGCUGUAUAGCUUAUAGUGUAGAAUUAUUAACUUUUAUAAUUAAACUUUACACUCAUUAUAUUGGAGGAUGUCACUGCAAGGGGACGUGACAUAUUUUGUUAUCCAGUGCAAUGGACUCAUUCCUGGGUUGGAUAAUGGAGAAUAAACGUACUCCUUUGUAAGCUUUCCCAACAAUGAAGAACAACCUGUAGCUAAGAGGUGCCAGCUAGAAACCAAACCAGCCUUUCUUGCAGUAUGGUUAAGCAAGUCCUAACCUCUGGGUGAUGUUAUCAUGGCACCAUGGCAAGAGAAAGGGCAAUCUGCUACCAAACUCUGUGUCAAAUUAUUACUGAGGUAAAUGAUUCCUGAUGAAGGGCUUUUGCCCGAAAUGUCGAUUUCGCUGCUCCUUGGAUGCUGCCUGAACUGCUGUGCUCUUCCAGCACCACUAAUCCAAAAUCAAAUUAUUAAUACUGUUUAUUAUUAUUAUUUUCAAAAACUGUUCAAAUGUUACCAGUCCACCCACUUCCAAAUCACAGCAAUCGGUUAACUUUAUAGUUAUUUUUCUAAGACUUGUAUUUGUAAAAGGAACAUCAUGACUUCAAGCCUAUAAUUUGAAGUCACUAUUGAUGAACGAGGUUUUGAGAAUAUUGGGUGUGUUGUGUUUAAUUUUGCAGAGAUGCCCAGAAACCAUACUUGGGAAUUCUUUAUAAUUCAUACAACUAAAACAAGGUCAUCAGACAUCAGCAGGGUCCCUUUCCUAAAAGGCUGCAGGCUAGUUCUGAUAGGGUACCAGGUUACAGUUCACAAAUGUGUGUGUCUGUGUGUGUGUGUGUGUGUGUGUGUAUAUGUGUGGGUAUGUGUGUGUGGGGGGGUGGGGGUGAGUGUGUGUGUGGGUCCGUGUGUGUGUGGGGGGGUCUGUGUGUGUGUGUGUGUGUGUGUGUGUGUGUCUGUGUGUGUGUAUGUGUGUGUGGGCCUGUGUGUGUGUGUGUUUGUGGGGGGGUGAGUAUGUGUGUGGGUCUGUGUGUGUGCAUGUGUGUAUGGGUCUGUAUGUGUGUGUAUGUGUGGUUCUGUGUGUUUGUAUGUAUGUAUAUGUGUGUGGGGGGGAGAUCUGUGUGUGUGUAUGUGUUUGUGUGUGGGUCUGUGGGUGUGUGGGUCUGUGUAUGUGAAUGUAUGUAUAUAUGUAUGUGUGUGUGUGGGUCUGUGUGUGUGUAUUGGUCUGUGUGUGUGGGGGAGGCCUGUGUGUGUGUGUUUGUGUGUGUGUGUAUGUGUGGGUCUGCAUGUGUGUGUGUGUGGGUCUGUGUGUAUGUAUGUAUGUAUGUGGGGGGGGUCUGUGUGGGGGGGUCUGGAUGUGUGUAUGGGUCUGUGUGUGUGGGUCUGCAUGUGUGUGUGUAUUUACAUGUGUGUAUGUAUAUAUGUGUGUGGGGGGAGGUCUGUGUGUAUGUAUGUGUUUGUGUGUGGGUCUGUGGGUGUGUGGGUCUGUGUAUGUGUGCGUGGGAGGGGGUCUGUGGGUGUGUAUGUGUUUGUGUGUGGGUCUGUGGGUGUGUGGGUCUGUGUAUGUGUGCGUGGGAGGGGGUCUGUGUGUGUGUGUGCUUGUGGGGGGGUGAGUGUGUGUGUGGGUCUGUGUGUGUGGGUCUGUAUGUGUGUGUGGGGAUUUGUGUGUGUGUGUGGGUCUGAGUAUGUAUGUAUGUAUGUGUGUGUGGGGGUCUGUGUGUGGGGGAGUCUGUGUGUAUCGGUCUGUGUGUGUGGGGGAGGCCUGUGUGUGUAUGUGUGUGUGGGUCUGUAUGUGUGUGUGUGUGUGUGUGUGUGUGUGUGGGUCUGUGUGUAUGUAUGUAUGUGUGUAUGGGUCUGUGUGUGUGGGUCUGCAUGUGUGUGUGUAUGUACGUGUGUGUAUGUAUGUGUGUGUGUGUGGGGGGGAGGUCUGUGUGUGUAUGUGUUUGUGGGUCUGUGGGUGUGUGGGUCUGUGUAUGUGUGUGUGGGAGGGGUCUGUGUGUGUAUGUAUGUGUGUGUGUAUGUGUAUGUGUGUGUGUGUGGGUCUGUGUGUGUGGGUCUCUGUGUGUGUAUGUAUGUGUGUGCAUGUAUGUGUGUCUGUGUGCGUGUAUGUAUGUGUGUGUGUGUGUGUCUGUGUGUGUAUGUAUGUGUCUGUAUGUGUGUGGGUCUGUGUGUGUGUAUGUGUGUGGGUCUGUGUGUGUAUGUGUGUGUGUAUGUAUGUGUGUGUGCUUGUGGGGGGGUGAGUGUGUGUGUGGGUCUGUGUGUGUAUGAAUGUGUGUGUGGGUCUGUAUGUGUGUGUGGGGGUCUGUGUGUGUGUAUGUAUGUAUGUAUGUGUGUGUGGGGGGGUCUGUGUGUGUGUGUGUGUGUAUCGGUCUGUGUGUGUGGGGGAGGUCUGUGUGUGUGCAUGUGUGUGGGGGGGGUGUGUAUGUGUGUGUGGGAGGUGGUCUGUGUGUGUGUAUGUAUGUGUGUGUGUAUGUGUGUGUGUAUAUGUGUGGGUCUGUGUGUAUGUGUUUGGGUCUGUAUGUAUGUGUGUCUGUGUGCGUGUAUGUAUGUGUGUGUGUAUGUAUGUGUGUGUGUAUGUAUGUGUCUGUGUGUGGGUCUGUGUGCGUAUGUAUGUAUGUAUGUGUGGGGGGGGUCUGUGUGUAUGUAUGUGUGUGGGGGGGUCUGUGUGUGUGUGUGGGUCUGUGUGUGUAUAUGCGUGUGUGUAUGUAUGUGUGUGUGUAUGCAUGUGUGUGUAUGCAUGUGUGUGUAUGUGUGUGUAUGGGUCUGUGUAUAUGUACGUGUGUGUAUAUGUAUGUGGGUGUGUGUGUGUAUAUAUGUAUGUGUGUGUGUGUGUGGAGGGGUCUGUGUGUAUGUACGUGUGUGUAUAUGUAUGUGGGUGUGUGUGUGUAUGUGUGUGUGUGGAGGGGUCUGUGUGUAUAUGUAUGUAUGUGUGUGUGUGUAUAUGUGUAUGUGUGUGGGGGGGUGGUCUGUGUGUGGAUGUAUGUGUGUGUGUGUGUGUGUGUGUGUGAGGGUGUAUGUGUAUGUGUGUGUAUGUGUGUGUGUGUCUGUGUGUAUGUGUGUGUGUGUGUGUGUGUGUGUGAGGGGGUGUGUGUAUGUAUGUGUGUGUAUGUGUGUGUGUGAGGGGGUGAAGUCCUUGCUGUGCUUUCCUCCCAAAGGAUUGUCCCCCUUGUUUUCUACUGAAAACGCAGUUCUGCUUCACAGUCUGCGUUUACUAGGACAUCAACAUGUUUAAAGAAAGCUAUUCAGACUCUGAAACUUGUGUAUGGAUUCAAGUACAGAAUUUAAGGAAGAUAUUUCUUCGUAUGUGUAGCACAAAAAUUGUUUGAGUUGAAAAAUUAAACUCUUGCAUGUAUGACACUAUGUUUCUUGUAUUAUUUAAAGACUGAUGGAUCACUAUCAUGACACUGAAAGCAGUAGACAGGGAUGAAUGCAGCAAGAAUUGAUCAAGUCCAUGUAAUCAUUUUUGUAACAAACCUCUAUUAGUGACAGGCCAGUACCCUCCUGCUGACUAGAUGACAUUGGGUGGUAUCGGGAAUGUAACAGCUCAUUUGAACUGAAUGAUAUGUAAAAAUGCUACCUCAUACCAAUGGCUUUUGGUUGUAUCAUCAAACAGAAAAUAAAUUCCAACAUUACCUUA